AUGCGUCGUUACGCAGAGCGGCACACACAAAGAGGCGACGCCGCCGACGGCGUGGUCUCGCAGCAGCGGAAAGGCUCCAGUGGGGGACGGCGACCGGGAGGCGGCUGUCGAUCCAUAGCGGGGGCGGGGGCGGCGGGGGCGGCCGCCGCGCGCCUCUCCCCUGGCGCCAGCUCUGCCGCAUCACCGCCUGCGGAGCGCUUCCAGGUCUCUGCUCUGCUCUGGGUCGGGCCGGGCCUGCGGUCUCGGCAGAAGAGGGGCCACUCGACCAGGUACGCUGAUUACGGCCGCAUCGGAAAUCGAACGGCGGCGGCUGGGCCGGCCGGCGGCACGUCCCGUCCAGGCCAGGGCAGGGCAGGCUCCCUCCCCCCUACGGAUGCCUAUCAGAUUAGCCGCUGCUCCUUCCGCGCCGCUGCCGUCUUCGCGGCCGCGCGACGUCAUCCCUCGCGGGGAACAAAGGCCCGCCGAGGCAAUCUCGGCCAUUACGGGCCGCGUCCGCCCGAUGCCGGAUCGACCCGCUUCGAGGGCCAGUUCCUCGGCAUCCUUCCCGGCCGGAAGUCACGGAGGCCACUACAAUUCCGUUCCGCCGCCAAGGGGCAGACAGCGGGCACGCCGCCGCGCAGUGGGGGCGGAUCAAAGGGGCGGCGGGAGGCGGCGGGAGGCGGUGCUAAUCAAAGCGCCGCGGCCGCCGCCGCCGCCCACGCAGCGCCGGCAAUCGCCGCCGGCCCUGCUCAAAUGGGGGGCGGCUGGCUGGCUGGCUGGCUACCUGCUCUGUAG